UCUGCUGCUGCAAGAAAGAAACAAAACAAUAAUGGGUAGAUCCCCUUGCUGUGAUAAAAUGGAGAUGAAAAAGGGCCCCUGGACACCCGACGAGGAUAAGAUUCUUGCUGAGUAUAUUCAGAAAAAUGGGCAUGAAAGCUGGCGAACUCUUCCCAGAAAGGCUGGGCUUCUUCGAUGUGGGAAGAGUUGCCGCCUACGUUGGACUAAUUAUCUGAGACCCGAUAUUAAGCGAGGCCGAUUUCAACCAGAAGAAGAAAGAACUAUUCUCCAGUUGCAUGCAAUUCUAGGCAACAGGUGGUCCACGAUUGCUUCCCAACUGCCAGGGAGAACUGAUAAUGAGAUUAAGAAUUUCUGGAAUACGCACUUGAAGAAAAAGCUGUUGGGCAUGGGACUGGAUCCUUCCACCCAUGCACCCGUAUCUGAGAUACUCAGUGCAAAUGGAUUACAGGGAUCUCAGUCCACAAUCCUCCUGAGGCACGUGUCACAGUGGGAGAUUGCAAGGCUUGAAGCCGAAGCCAGAAUGUCCAGAGAUUCAAUCAUGUCAUCUAAGAAUGAGUUGAUGGGAAACAAUAUUACAGAGGAAAAUUUCAAGGCACCUACUGAUAUUUUCUUGAAGCUCUGGAACUCAGAAGCAGGCAAGGCCUUCAGGAAGGAAUCUAUUAUUGAUAACCAGGAUGACAGUUCAGCUACCGGAUCCCAUGAUCCUUUCUCUGAGGGUACUAUGAGGGGCCAAAUAGAAUGCAAGAACCCUAGCAGCCAUGAGGACUCCUCUAGCUCUGAUGAUGCUGUUCAUAACCGUGACAUACAGGACUUGACGGACCUGCUUCUGGAUUCCCCUAAUUACAGUAGUCCUAAUAAGAUCAGUGACAAUAACUCAAACAUGGGAGAAUUAAGUACAAAUUCUGAUCUGCAGUCAGCUUGGGGAUGGCAAGAACUACGCCUAGAUGAGGACAACGAUUACUGGAACAGCGUACUUGGAGUUCAUGCUCAGACAUCAUCUGGACAAAAUUGAUAAUACAGCAUUUGGGUGUCUAUUAAUUAAUUGAAAUUAUAUUAAUCUUGAUAUUUUAAUUUUCAGUUGAUUAAUAAGAA